AUGUUCCAGUCCCGAGCCACUAUCUUGGCCCUUCUGGGCGUCUGCCUUUCCAGCUUGGCCUUGAAAUCUCCGCUUCCUGAUGCAAGAGGACCUUCUAUUCGCCUGCCGGGAGGCCGAGUUCUUGAAACGAGAUUUCAUCCAGAUGCCAAGCCAGCGACUCUCACAGCAUUCAUGGCCAGCGUCCCCUUCCAGUCCUUCAUGUACCACACAGUUUCCUCUGGAAGAAAUCUGGUUUUCCUGAUGCCCACUUCGGGGGACCAGUUUCGGAUGAGGUCCUUGCCAGGCGAGGGAUUGAAAGCUCGAAGCACCUCUGAGGCAGGAACUCUCUUCUUCCGUCAUGACCAGAUGUGCGUAUUGACAUACGGCUACAGCCGGGAUCAUGAGUCCUUUCUGCCGCCGGUGCUUUAUGUUGAAGCAAAGGAUCUGCCGUUGUUGCAGACCUUCGGUGAUAAAGUCUGGGAGGGGCAACUCCGAGGAGAAAGAAAAACACCAUUUAUCAUCGAAUUCACUUCUGAUGUUGCUGCAGGGCUCAGUGUGCCGGUACCGCAAGUCAAAGACGAGAUGACUGGGAACCAAAAGGUGGAUGAAGCCGUGGCCUUCAUUCGAUCGCAGACGCGGAGACACUGGUUGGAGCCGCCACAGGAAUUGGUGCGCUUGCUGUCUACUGGCGACACCCGUGGUCAGGAGGGAACUGAAGGUUACGUUUUCCCCCCGAUGGUCAUAGGCAACGGCGUGAUGAUGGUCUUGUCAACAUAUGCACACAGUGGGGUCUUAAAUGUACUUGCAUCACUUCUUGAGAAGGGCAUCGGGAAGGACGACAUCUUUGUACUCCAGCAGCUAGUGAAGAAGGUCGCAGAUACCAACCUGCCUUAUCUGCGGUCGCUCAGCCUGGACACGAUUUGUGGCGGCUUUGACCGUUUCUUCGCGGCUUGGGACCAGGCUGAGACGGCAGCGCAAGUUCGCACACUGGCUGGGGCCAUUUCAUUGUUCGGAGCCUUGAUGCACGGAUGGUUCGUUUUCCUGUUCCCGUACCGACUUGGCACUGAACUCCGUCGUCAAGCAUGGUUCAGCUUAGAGCCAUCAGAGGAUACAUUUUCCGUGCCGUUGCGGUUGCGAGAAGGCCGGGGCCUUGGGGUGGCAACGUGGAGUUUCGGGACACCAAGUGAGCGGGAGAACUUCAAGGCGAGCUUGCGAUUGCCUGCCAGUCUGCCGGCCCGGACUCCCAACAGCCUUCCGCUCAUAGUCAGUGUACAGCCAUCUGCUGCGUGGACUUCAAUCCAUGAUCUGGCAGUUUUGUCUCGGGGACUCGUGGAGGAGCAUUUAUCGGACAAAGGAGCUUUACUGUUUCGCAACCUGCCAGUCUCCACGUUUUCCGAGGCAAGUAGUUUCAUUUCUUCCCUCGGCUACACCAUAUACCAUGAUCCCAGCGGUCGAGAGAAGGUGGCAGACGGUCUGUACCAUUCGUCGCUGGGUGUUCCCGCAGACAUCAACAUCGCUCCUCAUCAGGAGCACAUCGUAUCCAACAAACCUCCCAGCAAGUUGUUCUUGUUUUGCCAAAGUCCUUCUGUGGACGGAGGUGAGACGCCCUUGGCGCAUGCAGCAGACGUGUGGGAUUUGCUUCAGAGCACCACGCAAGCUCAGUUCCGCCGUCGGGGUGUUCGCUUUGAGAUGGUUCGGGGCAAUGCUGGCGAUCCUGGCAACCCUGUGCAAUUCACACGAAGUUGGCAAGAGCAUUUCUCUACGGAUGACUUGCAGACCGCUAUCGACAAAGCGACAGACGACUUUAACGGCACCGUCGAAGUAGAUGAUCAUGGCAACAUCAUGCUCCGUAGUCGAUUCCUUCUCCCGGUGAAGGUGGUACGAGGAAGGGAAAUAUUUAGCUCGCAGCUGCAAAACAUUUACAGUCUGCGAUGGUUGUGGGGGGAUGCUGAAGAGUACGUGCCGGACGACAUUCUGGAAGACGUUAUGAGUGCUGUGUGGAAUGCGGCCACAGUCUUCCGCUGGAAGGCAGGCGAUCUUCUUGUGGUGGACAACGUGAAGGUCUUGCACGGGAGAUUGUCGUACCAAGGCGACAGAUACAUGGCCGUCGGGCUAACGCACGACUGA